AUGUGUGGCAUGACUCCUUCUAUCGUUGACGCCAGUGACCGUGCUGAGAAGGAACGGAUAUUCAGCACCGUUUCGAGGCAUCAGGGCCGUGUUCACGUUAUCGGGUCGACACUUUUUUUGAAGUCGCAAAUGACGGUUUUACGAGACUCUAACGCGGGUCGUUCGGAUUUCCGUCGCGCAUCUGGAUGCAUAACAAGUAUGCUUAUUAGGGCGGCCAUCGAUCUUGGGUGGAUAAGGUCUGAGGAGAGGUGUGUUACUACGCCGACUCAAGAAACUGUGAACGGAGUUAGUCUCUCGGAGGCUGGUCUCGUUGCCGUCAGCGUUGUUCGUGCUGGCGAGAGUAUGGAGGGUCCAGUCCGACAGAUAUUCCCUGAGGCCAGGACUGGGAAGAUACUCAUCCAACGUGAUGAGGAGACGGCAAUGCCUGAACUAUUUUAUAUCAAACUGCCGUCCGGCAAAACUUCACCGAAGAUCUUGUUGUUGGACCCGAUGCUCGGUACUGCUGGAAGUUCCACCAUGGCCAUAAGAUGCCUCCUGAGAAGCACUGAGUGCAAGGCUAAAGAAGAGAAUAUUGUGUUCCUCAACAUCGUCUCUUGUCCUGAAGGAAUCGAUCGUCUCAUGUCGAGAUACCCCAAGUUCACCUGGGGGCUAUUAGAUGUGAAAACCUUCGACCGCGGUGUGAUUGAUAUCAUUCCGUUGAAGAGGAAUGAUGCCAAGUUGAUAUCAAAGUGCCAGGAGAGAUGA